AUGCUCAAAAGGGUUCUGGAAGACAUAACCAAUGUAAGAAAUAACAACAUCAAAGUGACAAUAAAGAGAGAGGAGAGGCCGCUGAGAAGAGAGAUCCUGAAGCCCUAUUUAGAAUACUCGGAGGAGUACUACAGGCACUUGGACAGGAAAAUAGGAGACUAUGCAGAGCUGCUGGAGAAGUAUGCGGGAGAGAAAAAUGUAAAAAUGUAUAGGGAAAACAAAGAGAUAAAGAGAGACAGAGAUAGCAAGAGUGUGGGAGUGUAUACAUUUAAUCGGCAUAUUAUCAGGGGAGUGUGCAGUGGCCCGUACCAGUACAAUGUGUACACCAGCCAGAGCAUGCAGAGUGUGAAAAGUGUAGAGUGCUUGAUGGAGAAGAAUGAAAAAAAAGAAAACAAAAAUGAAAAUAGCAAUGAGGCUGAUGGAGUAAGUGGAAGCAGAGGACAGAACGAUAGCAUUCUAUCGAUACCAGCUGAGGAAAUAUUCAGAGUAAAUAAGAUAGGAGUUGCUAGAAAGAGUGAAACGAGUUUGGAUGAGAUGCCAACCAAAAAAGUAAAACAGCACAGGGCAGAAAAUAAAGAACUGUCACAGGAUGAAGAAGUAUCAGCUGCCAGAGUGUGCGCAUCAUCGCCUAGCACAGGAGAAGGAGAGAGCGUAAGUGUGUCCUCUGAUGAUAAGGUAGAAGACAGUAAGUCUUCAGAUGUGGAAGUCGAGAACAAUAGAAACAUUGUAGAUGGCAGCGCAGAAUGUAAAAAAAGUGAAAAUAGCAGAGCCAGGAUAACAAUGAAAAUGAGAACUACGCUUCUUGAGUGGAUGUACGAUGUAAAAGUAGACUACAAGCUGAAUAGCACAACGUACCAGACAGCUGUGCGAAUAGUGGACAAGUACUUCCUUGCAAACGAUGUAAAAAAAGAGAAGUACCAGCUUAUAGGGGCUGUGUGUCUGUUUAUAUCCAACAAGCUGAUAGAGUGCAAAUCGAGAGGCCUCAUGGCGUACAUUGACGUGUGCGAUGGCGCGUACACGAAAGAUGAAUUUCUGAAGUGCGAGAGAGACAUACUGAUGAGGCUAGGAGGAUUUUUGAACUUUCUUCUUCCCAUGCACCUCAUAAAAGAGGAUCGAUUUGUGCUGGGGAAUGCACUGUGCGAGUAUGCCAGUGAAGCUGUUCUUUUAGACGCUUCAUACGCCUGUCUUACACCCAAGGACCUAUCAGCAUUCAUUGACACGAACGUAUCUGCGUGUCUGAGCGGAGAAAAGCCGUCUGAAACGUUUGUAUCUCUCCUUACGCAGUCAAACGGGAUGCUGGACCAGCAGUUGAAACAGGUAAAAGAGCUGGUUAUGCGGUUGUAA